AUGGCUGCGCAGGAUGACACGGCCCGUCACGUGGCGGAGCCGUCGCUUUCCCUCCCUCCCUCUUUCCCUGCUUGCCUGCCUGCUCGCCCGGCCGACAGUCCCCUCCUCCUCCGCCUCCGUCCGAGACCCCACGGGCCGCCGCCGCCGCCGCGCGCUCCCCGUGUUGCUGGCGGGCGAGGAGGCGAGGCAGCCCCGUCCAAAGAAGCCUCCUCCAUCCCGUCGCCAGCUAGCCCAGCCGGCGGAGAAGCGCCUGCUGCAGAACCACAGCUGCUGCUGCUGCUGCACGCCGGGCACUGGCAACCGGGAGCCUCCGGAGGGAAAGCGGCCCACGGAAGAGGAAGGUAGGUGAGUGCCCGGUGGGUCCCCUCGGGAACCUCCCCCCCCCCGCCGCCGCCCGCCUGCUAACCAGCGGCGCCAGCGGGAGCAACCGGGAUUCCCAAUAUAGCUCUUGACGCGUCAGGGGAGCGCGGGCAGAGGGCCAGGUUUGGAGACAUAUGCGAACUGGUGGCUGGAGGGGGGGAGGCGGGAGCAGAGGCGAAACGCGCCGAAGUUGGGGGCGAGGGAGGCGCGAGUGUGGGGUUGGGAUGUUUGCAAGAGUGGCCGGGGGAGGGGGCCGGGAGAGCGGGGGUCGACACUUGAGGAAUUGCACUCCAGCUAGUCGCAGCAGCAAGAGCAGCAGCAGCAGCAGUAGUAGUAAUAGUGGUGGUAUUUUUUCGUGCUCCUAUUAAGCAUUCGCUCUGGUAGCAACGUCGGGGCGGCUGAGGGCGGCGGGGUUUCUGCUCGAGCGAGGAGAUGCGGCCGGGGCGGGGCGCGCGCUGGCGAGGAAAAGAGAGCAGCAACUCCGGCGGCCGAGGUCGAGGUGCGGCUGGUGUGUUACGUAGGACGGGGUUGCGGUUGUUGGCCAGGUGAGUUGCUACGAUAUGGGGGGGCGAGGAGGAGGAGGGAAUUGAGGCGGAGGGGCCUCGUCGUCUCAGCCAGGAGCCGGUCGAGUCGAGAGCUGUUGUGUACACACGCCUUGCCGGUCUGAAGUGACCAGGUGAAGUAUUUCGUGAGACCAGUUGCUGGGGAACGUGGACGGCAGAGAGUGCUGUUUUGCUUUCCGCCCCGCUUGUGGGUUUCCCUCACCUCCCCCAGGUAUCAGCUGGCUUGGCCAACAGAAAGCUGGACUUAACUUGGUAGGCCUUUGGUCUGAUCCUGCAAAGGCAGCUCUUAGGUUCUUAAUACUAUGACUGGAGGCAGUUACAGGGCCAGGGCUGUGUGUGUGUGUGUGUGUGUGUGUGUGAGAGAGAGAGAGAGAGAGAGGGGUGAGACAGCAGCUUUGUAGAAAGGCUGGGCCUAUGAAGUCCCAGUGACUUAAAUGGGUUUACGCUCAAGUGUGCAUAGGAUUACAGCCUGGGGUAAAUAUAUAAGGCAGGAAGUAGGAUGAGGUGGGGCUGGCGAUUCUGGUUAAGAGUAGUAAGGUUUUAACUGUGUGUGUGAACAGGAGGCUACAGGAUGUUUUGCAGUGAAAACUAGAUAACACCUGUUGUUCCGUCAAACUGCUUUGUGUGCAUUUAUAUCAGUGCACAUGCACAGUGCGGCAAUAUUAGACACCAUGCAGAUGAGGGGCUUUGGGUGAUGGCAUAAAGCAGGGGUAAAACUAGGCUUUAUUUCAAAGACUCAGUUUGGCUACCCCCCCAUGUGCAUUUGUGUACACACACACACACACACACACAAGCUGGGAGCCUCAAUGGCACACCCCUCUGGAGACUUCACCCAGGGCAAAAAACCUGGCUAGCUGCCCCUUAGCUACGCCUCUGGCAUAAAGCCAUCAUUUGAGUUCAUACCUGAUGUUGGCUUUGAACUAGUUGCUUAGGAAGCAGCUCUAAUCCCACUUAUGUAGAAGCAAUCCCUGUCAAUUCUUUUGAGUAGAAAUUAUUAGAGUUGUAGCCUUAGCAUGCUAUCUGAAGGUGUGCUAAGAUUAAAAUUAGAGUUUUCACCAUAGAGGAAAUUGAUUUGGAAAGAAGAUUUGUGUACUAUCUGAGGUUAAUGUGAAGGUUGGAGAGGGGUGUGUUUGGGAAAUAUUGGACCUGGCUAGUGUGCUGUUUGUUAGUCUCUUUUAGCAGUGCUAUGGAUAGCAGUUCUUAGGAGAACAUUUAAAUAACCAUAUCACAUGCCAUGUUGCAUGCACUGUUAGAAUUGUCAAAGAUCUUCUGUUGUUGUAAAGUAUUUUUUUAAUACUAUACCUAGUUCUUGGUCACUGGAGGAGUGGAGCAUAGACGAAAAGUUUAACUUUGCUUUUAGAAGGCAGGGUCAAAACUAUAUUUUAAAAAACGGUUUGCUGUGGCUGCCCAGAAGAGGAAGGAACCUUUCCCCCACAGUUUUGACUCUUUCAAUUGGAGAGCAUGACUAAUUUUUAGGUCUGUGUGCUUUGCAGGCAGGAGCAGUUAUGAUUUCUUUCCCUUUCCUUUUCCUUUUCCUUUGCUCUCCAGCAUCACAUGUUUUGAAGGAAGGGAAGCUUCUUAUUUUAUCUUUCGUUCACACCCCACUCCACCAGCGCUGUAACCAGGAGAGACAGGGUUCCAGAUUAAGGGGAGGGUAUAUCUAGAUGCCCCUUCUGGCUCUUCCCCUCCCUAGCGUACCACUUUGCAGAGGGACAAGAACAUGCUUUUGUACAGCUUAGCAUGGAUCUGUUCUUCCACCCCUCCCUCUUCUUCCUGAGCAAACAAAAAAUUGGGACCAGUGCUAAACACAGCAUGGUAAGCUCAUGUUGGUGCUCUGUUUCUUUGGGGCCAGGUUGAUAGGCAAGGAAUGUGCUCCAGGCAGCUCUGUGUCUCCUCACCAUCUCUAAAAACAUCAAGGAGGCACUUGUGCAGGUUGUAACAGGACACUUUGGCCCAUGCCAGUUGCUUGGGAAUACAGACUAUAUGUUUUGAGAGUGUAGGGAAGGAAUUGAAGGCCCAACAUGUCUCUUAGUGAGAAGAGUGGGAGGUGCUUCCAUUGCUUGUGAGGCAUCAUCUCCUUGGAUGGAGGGAAGCUUCAGACAUGUAGCAAAGGACAGGAGCUUUUAUCCGGGGAUAGCCCUGCUGCAAGGACAGUGAAUCCUUCAGGAGAUCAGAUCCACUUGCCCACAGAGAUAUUGGGCUGGCUUAAUAAAGAGGUUAUGAAAGAAACAGUUGCCGAAUUUAUUUCAUGCCUGCCUAGGCACUGAGAGCAUAGAUCAAAGAGACAAAGGGAACAUUCAUUCCCCCCACCAUCUUUCUCUUUUUCUUCAUCAGCUCUUCCAGAAAGUGCUGCAGGGACAUAACCUGUGGCUCAAACCCUGGUAAGGCAAUCAGUAAUCUAAAUCAAGGUUGUCCACCACACCUUUUUUGCAGGGGGAGGGUGUGUGUGUUGUUCUUCAGUCCUUGGCACUGUUGGCCCAGCUGUGGCCCAUAACGGUACACUCGUAUCCUUGUCUCAAUGGUAAGCUGAUCAGGGUCUUUCCUACACCAAAUCAACCAGGAAUGUUCAGGUUAUUUUUUUCAUCAUGAACCCAUGCUCCUUCAGAUAAGAAUCACUGGAAGAGUUCUCUCAACCUUUAACAUCAAAUUCAACAUCUUGAGUGACCAUAAGCACUGCUCAAAAGAAAGAGGAUUGGCCAAUUCCAAGUUUUAACCAUUAGACCAUGGACUUUGCUUGCCUUCAGGGCUCCAUGGCAAUCAUCAACUUGCUGCCCUAGGGAGGUUCCAUGCCAGAUUGCUGCAGUGGCUUCUUCUGCCCUUCCAGACUUUGAUAGCUGAGAAGUUGGUUGGUGUGUCCGUCUAGGGAACGCCGCUGGUAAUCCACAUACCUCCUGACUGGGAUCUCUCCUUUUAUGCAGAGGACCUUCAUGGUAUCUUCCUUCAAAUCAUUGGGUUCCAUCCCACAUGAGCUUAUGUGGAAGUUUGUGUUCCUGGUGGCAGUUGCUUCCAUGAGCAGAUAGGGAAAUUGUGGGUGCUAUCAAUCAGUCAGUCAGGAACAAUGUGGCAUCUAUCCUGAACUGGGUUGCCUUGCAUCCUGAUCUCAGUUUCCUACCCAAGGUGAACUCCAGUUGUCACCCAUCCCUGGGGCCUAUAUUGCUUGACUUCUCAAAGCUAGGAAAAAGCUAGGAAAAGAAAAAAGAAAAAAGAAAGCAUAGGAAAAGAAAGGGCAUAAACUGGAUGUCCGGAGGGCAGUCUGGAUCUAUUUGUCACGUACCAAAGAGUUGAAAUGCACAGAAACCCUAUUUGUGUUUUACAAGGCAGAGGCCCAGGGCAAAGAAAGUGUCCAGAUGAACCAUUAACUGGUUGGUCAGGGAAUGUAUAGCACUGGUGUACCUACCAUUCUAAGUCUCAGCCUAUUCUCUUAGGCACUGUGACCCAUUCUAUCUUAGCCAGCCGCUAAGCCCAUUGCUUCAUCUUUGGGAGACUCUACAAGGGAGACAAAUAUGUCCUUGAUGAGGUGGCCUUUAGCAGGAGGGUCCUUCAGCAGGUUCUGUGACUGGAAGUUUUCCCACCUAGUCUUGGGGAUACUUCUUCUGAAAAACUUUUCCUGUGUGUUCCAGUCCUCUGCUGACUGACAGUGGAAAGUUGAAUUUACCAUGAAGUGUUCUUCUGGAGCAGAUAGCCCUGCCUUGUGAGUUCAGCCUGGAAUAUUAUGAAGUGGGGAGAGAUUUCUGUUUUGUAUCUUCUGCACUUUGCAGUGUUCCUUUCACUAUUCUAUCUCAGAUUUAUUCUGGGUUCCUUGUUCUCUUCUAGCUACCUAGUUCUGGUUUGCCACUGCUCCAGAGUUGUCUGUGGGAGACACUGUUAUUGCUAGGACCAAGUCUAUGUACUGGGGGACUGACCCCCUCCUCUUCUGGAUGGUCACAGGAAGCUUAAUACCGUUUUGACCUUGCCUUCUAGAAGUGGAGUUAAUCCUUUCCUCUGUGCCCCACUCUCUGCUGACUAGAAGAAUAAUUAACAGUACAGUGGUACCUCGGGUUAAGUACUUAAUUCGUUCCGGAGGUCUGUUCUUAACCUGAAACUGUUCUUAACCUGAAGCACCACUUUAGCUAAUGGGGCCUCCUGCUGCUGCCGCACCGCCAGAGCACGAUUUCUGUUCUCAUCCUGAAGCAAAGUUCUUAACCUGAAGCACUAUUUCUGGUUUGGUGGAGUCUGUAACCUGAAGCGUAUGUAACCUGAAGCGUAUGUAACCUGAGGUACCACUGUAAAUACAGCUUUCCACAGAGUAUAACAAAAUCUUGGUCAGUUCUCCUGAUCAAUAGGCAAUGAGAGUUGGGGAACUUGUGUAUUGCAAUAAGGAGCUUGUUGAUGCUAUUACGUUGUGUAACAGUGAGAUUUCAGCCUAGUUAGGAACCUGAAAAGAAUUGUAGGAGGAGCUUGCAUUUAAUUGUUUUUGGCUUAUCUUCCACUUGCUCUAGUAUAAAUGUAGCAGCUAACAAGCCUGUAAUCCAUAGCAUCUCUUGUUAAGCCUGGGAAAAAUUGCUGUAUCGAGUCCUGAUGAACUGUUGCCAAUCAGCAAAGAAGGUAGUGACCUAGAUGGGCCACUGGUCUGAUCCAGUUAUAAGGCAGUUUCCUAUGUUUCCAUGCAUCUUGCAUAGUAGGACUUCUGCCUAGCAGAAGGUUUGCUAUGAUGGUGGGAGCAGAGCAUGCGGCUUACCUCAGUCCUCUGGGUCAAGUAGCACUCAUUGAGCUAGCAACUAUUUGUACACAAUACAAAGCAGCUUAGUUGAGUUUCACAUGUUAGCAUUGGCAGUGAUUUGCCUGCUUAUAAAACCGGGUGGCCAGCUGCCCUUUAUUUAAGGCUUUUCAAACUAUUGAAACUUGAUUGCUCACAGAAGAAAGUUUCUGCAUGAACAGACUAGAAACUUUAACAUUGCUACUUGUCCUAGAUGCCAUUGUACCAUAAAGUCUCUCCACCCAUCCCAAGUCAGUUCCAAAUGUUGCACAGAGGAACUGCAGAUGUGAUGUACAAGUCACUUGUUCAUCUGCUGUUGCAGCAGAUAAAGUUGUGUUUAGAAGCUGUUGUCUUUGAUUUGGAAACAAUAAUAAACAUGAUAUUUAAACAAUUCUGGAGGGGUGGAGUUUUUGCUUUGAAAAGUGCUUCAAAGUAAAAGAAUGUUAGGUCGGUCCUUUUUCUUCCCACACCCUCUUCUCUUUUGUAGUUGAGAUUACUCCUGAGCUUACUGUAUUCCAGCUGUGGCUUUGUAUGAAAUAUUAAUAAUGGUUAAUAACAGCUAAGUGAGAUAAUGCAAUUUUCAGUUACAGAAGAUGAUCUGAAGAGCUGGCACGAGAGUUUUCACUGUGAACUCUGCACAGCAGGGAAUUCAACUCAUAAUCAAGAUUCUUACAACUUGACUAUAAUGAGGUUACCUGAAAGAGACUCCUGGCAAUUUCAAUGAACCGCACUUGCAAGUGUGCUAAGGACUGGAGUCUUAUAUCUUUAUUCAGUACUCUGCUGCACAUAGGUUUCUGCUUUAGCUUUGCCACACAAGAUAAUCAAUAUAUCUGAUAGUUUUAUUUUGUUAAUAGUUUGACAUCUAAAAAUAAGUUUGUGUUAGCUUAGCUUCCUCGCAAAAUAAGUCGUAAACUUGGACUUGUGUGUUGUAGUUCAUCAGUAGUUCCCUUUCUUCUUUAGGUUUUUGAUAUUUAACUUUGAUUGCUAGGUCUGAUUUAAUGCUAAAAGAUAACCUGGGAAAUAGGUUAUCUAUAAGAUUAAGGCCUGUCUCUGCUCAGAAGAUACAUUUUAUACAAACAUGUUUGUAAGCCAUUUUAGAGACCUAGAUAGCAGAAAGUAUGAUAUAAAUCUGUUCCAUUAAUAAAUAAUGCUGAACAGGAGAGCAUAUUAUGGGGCAGGAGUAGGGAACCCCAAACUCUUCCAGUUGGUGCUGGAUGGAGUACAGCUCCUGUCGUUUCUGACGGUGUUGACUGGGGUUGAAGAGAGUUGGAGUCCAACAACUUGGAGAGAGCUGCUAGGAUAGGGCACCCUUUCAUAUAUAUUUUCUAUUCCUAUUUUAUGUUUCUUCUUGCAAGAAAUGUACCUACAAGCUUGGAUUCUCAAAAACCAAAGGAAUGAGGCUGUACGUGAAUUUAUGAUUAUUGUUGUCAACAGCAGGGGGUUGCUGUCUGUCAUUAUAGGGCUUUUAUUUUCUUGAAGGGGUGAUUUAUUAAAAGAAGGUGGUAUGGUCUAUAUGUUGUAUUACUAAGAUAGAAAACAUAUGCUCCUUACUUCUAAGUAACCUCCACUGGACAUAGAGCUUACAUUUGUGUAAGUAUGCAUAGGAUCAGCCUGACAGUUAAGAUCUGGCAGCUGUUUGAGGGAAUGACACACAGCAGUGUUCACCUAAAGCAGUGCUUCAAAUAUUAAUGCAGUCUUUCAUAGUGAUGUUUCUAGUACCUUCUCUGCCACUUCCUGCUUAACAUGUGGGUUAAUUUUGUUGUUGGCUUUAACAUGUUAUGCUGAAAUUGCGAAUGCUAGGUAGCUUGUUGUGGCUAAGAUUGCAAUACUAAGAACACUUUAACUUGGAAAUAAGUCCUAUAAAUCAGGAAUUUCUCUUAUGGUUGGGCUGCAAAAUACAUCAACAAGUGUCUAGAGUGUGUCUCUAGCACGUUGUCAUUAAAACUGAAUAAUGAGUACUUUCUUGAUUGUUUUCUUUUUCUUUUUUUAAAAAAAGCAAUAUAUGUAGACUGUAUAGAAAGUCUUUCAGAUAAAUAGUACUACAUAUAUUACAGCACUUUAAAAUCCUUUUUUUUUUUUAGUACUGCAUAACCCUUUCUGCAAAUUAUUCAUUUUUGUUACCUUUCAUUUCUUGUCUCCUGUCUUCUGUGGUUAUUUUCAGUAGAUGUUGUAGAUAGCAAUGGUAUCCAUACAGUAUAUAUAUAUUCUGUAUCUAAAGAAGAGGCUGGUUGCAAUGAUAUUGAGGAGGGUGGGAAUAAGAAAGCUUCUGUUUACUGUGCACUCAGACUUUUAAAAUUGAUACUAAAAGUAGUAUCCUCUCUAAUACUCUCGAUGUGAACAAUGGAAAGAAUUCUGGCAGUGGUACUGUUUUGUAAAAUGUUGCACAAGAGUUAGCAAAAUGUGGAACAUAGCACAAGCAUGCAUAUUGACAUGUACAAGCUGCUGCAUGAGGUCUCGUGUUAGCUGAUGAUUGUGCAAAGAGAUUGAAAAAUGUCUUGUGCUUACAGAAGCGCUCCUGAAUUUCAAUUCUCUUUUCUCACCUGAGGGUUUUAUAUUAAGCCUACUAUGAAGCAACUGACUUGGUUCCCAUGCUAUGAUGAUUCAUGUGCUCUCAUCAAAUAACGUGAGGAAAGUUUGCUGAUUCAAGUAUGUGUGGUUUCACUGGCUGAUGAGUCUCUACUAAUAUAAGCUUCAUGCCUCAUCCAUAGUGAUGCAAUGCUGUCACUUGUCACAAUGACUGCAUUCAGAUGACACUUUCCCCCCAUCUUCCUGAUGUUUCCUUACCUGUUAAUUUCCACAUUUUAUCUGAACUUUUACUAUUUUUUGUUGGGAGCCACCCAGAGCGGAGUGGCUAUGCAGCCCAGUCAGAUGGGUGGCAUAUAAACAACAACAACAACAAUUAUUAUUAUUAUUAUUACUACUAUUAUUGCUAUUAUUAUUAUUAUUACAACUUAAAAAUCACUUUUGGUAAUCCAGUAGAGUCUAGCAGAAAUCUAGUGCUCAUUUCAUGUUAUCCAUUUUCGGAUAAAAAUAGUUAGCAAUCCUGUUAGCUUGGAAAACCACAGAGAUUUGCAUUGUGCUUUUCCUCAGGUUUACAUGAUUGCACCACUGCUGAUGAUGUGUUGAAAUCUUGGGUGGUAUCUUAGUAUGCAGUUCUUUCCUUCUAUAUAAAAGUUAACACAACUUGGCAGUAUAUGGAUAAAAAAAGCCAUGGUUCCAUAACACAGUAGGUACUGCAGUGUAAAAUGAAUGGUUGAAAUUGGGACAGAAACACUAGCAUUAUCAGUAAAAAUAAAGCAAUAAACCCCACCUCUAGAUCCUGGCUGGGUCUUGGGUUUCUGACAAAAAUGGGUAGGCAGCCCACUUCUGUAGCAUCAGUUUUGGAGGCUACUCUGGUCAUUACUUCAGUGCUGUUGAUUGUGGUAGUAUGCUGGCAUGACUACCCAUGCAUGUACAUCUCAUUUCUGAAAGACUGAAAUGAUCAUGCAUAGGGUUGAGCCAUGAGUAUGUGUGUUAUGUGUAAUAGCUAUGUAAUCAACUGAAGUUUGUGACAACCAUCAGCAGCAGACUUCUGCCUCUACAGCAGGGGUGCCCAAACUUUUUUCAAAGAGGGCCAGAUUUGCUGAAGGGAACAUGCAUGAGGGCCAACCAAAAUUGUUGAGCUUUUCUUUAGGAUUUUACCCCAGGACAUAUGCUGCCACGGGGGCCGCAUUAAACUGACUGGCGGACCGAAUUAGGCCCCUGAAACGGACUUUGGACAUGCCUGCUCUACAGUAUUGUGCCCUUUAAGGUAGACUGUCUCACUUGCCAUCUCAGACAGCUCCUUAAGUUCAUGAAAUUUUCUUGUAUUGAACCUUUGACCUCCUACUGCUGACUUGGCAUACUAUUGUCAACUUCUGGUGCAAUCUUCCAUUUGCUUUAAAGUAAUAACUCACCAUGCUAUUGAAGUUCCUCUUGCUCUGCCAAACCAGAAGAGACCUAUUUAUAUACAGAUUAGAACAUAAGUAUUGUGAAAUGUUCUGCAGAACUACCACCAGUGUACUGAAAGGAAUUGUAAAGAUACAUACUUGGACUCUAGCCUAAGGAGGCUCAAAGCAAUUAGUCAGACCUUUUCAAAGGUGCCACAGCAUUUUUCAGUGUUUGGGCUCUGCAAUGUAGGUUGGAAAUUAAGUAUUUUUCUUCCUAAUAGGGGCGAUAUAUGAAUCUUUGAACUCUGUCUGUAGCACAGAGCUAUAUUUCCUACAAUUUUAAAAAAUGUAAUAAAUCAUUGUUCUGCAACAUAAAUGUUCUUUUUAAUUCCAAAAUGUAGCACAACAAGUGUUUAUAACAGAAUAAUAAUAAAAAAUCCUAUGGGGUAACCCAUUGGGCAUGUAAAACAAUAUUGCUUUCUUUGGAGAAUACACUUUCUCGUCAUAAUAGAAAACAACAUUUCAGGUGUCUAAUUAAAUGAAGUCUGGUUGUACUCCCUUGGUUUUCACAUUUGGCAUCUACUCAUAACUAUCCAAGUAAGAAAGGAAUUGGUUUCAAAGUCAAAGGGUGGAAUCCAGCAUAGCAUUAAGGAGAGCCAUUCAUCAGCAUAAGGAUUUCUGCUUGUGCAACAGAACUUAAUCCUCUUCUCCUUCCCCAUGCCCCUAAAUCUAUUCCAGGGGUUCCCUCAACCAUCUGGAGAAGAUUUGAGGUAGGUGCUGGACUCGUGUGGGUGGAGAAGAGGGUAGGAAAGGCCUGUUGUAGAAGUCAAAAUCCUUGCACUGAUGAGACUCGUUAGUGGAAUACUGCCCAAAGGUCUACCAAAGGAAAUACCACUGUUCAUUUUUUACUUACAGGAGGUUCCGCUUAGUCACUUCAGCAGAGUACCACCUAAAUGGGAAGUGAAACCCUGAGUUUUGUCAAGAUAAAAUGUCCAGCUUAUGAAACGACAAAUGGAUUUUAGUACUUGGUAAACUUACAGUGAUGUACAGGAAAUGAAGUGAGUGAUUCCUUGUCUGACACCAACAUUCACCAGUCAGCACUGAUAUCUAGCCUUUCUAUAUCUCUUGAAGACACCAGACAAGUUUUCAGUUUAGAGAGGGAGCAAAAGGGUAACAGUGAUAAAGGCUUUUUGGGAAUUAUUUGAGACUACAAAGAAUGUAAUGCGAUUACAGGUUUAGUGGAAUCCUCACAGCAUAAACUAUGUGUUCCUCUUUUUAGGCAUAUAAUAAAAGGCAACUGCAACCUUGAAAUGUAUAGGUGGAUAGAGAUUGGGUAGUCAAGAAAAAGGAGGAAAGUUCUGGGAUACUUUACAGACUUAAUAAUUUUAUUGCUGCAUUAGGUUUUAUGGACCAGAGCACAUUGGGUGGAUUAACUAUUUAGUUUUAAAAGUUGGUAGGUAUUGAGGGAUUGAGAAGAGGGAAAGUAAUUUGACCUAUUGUGGCAAACCAAAAAGGGCAAGAUAUGUCUUCAUUAGGGUAGGAGACUAACAAGGCUGUUAUUUGGGAACUAUUAAAGACAUUUGAGAAAUAUGUAUUGCAAAUCUGGUUAUUAGUUGCUGCAGAACUACUCUGUCAUUCUCUCUUACCUUUUGGCUUGAGUGAACUGCAAUGUCUUGCCGUGAGAAGUGCAGUACACAGCUGUUUGGGCAAGAUAGCCCAAUAAUAACAAGGAUACCAUUCUGUAGCUUAAACAAAGAAGCAGUUUUGCUAUCAAAUGAAAGCAAAAGUUGAUAGGGAGUUUGAUUUAUAAUGUGAGUCCCUGGAAUGUGGCAGUGUUUCUUGUUCUGGACAAUACAGUUGCAUUGCAUUGCUUAAAUAAAUGCCAUUCCAUCUAGGCACAACAUUUCUCUACGGGAUAGAAAAGUUUCCCUUCCCCUUCCCCAAGAUAUUUAGGGGAAAUGAGAACGUUGGACAGUUAGUCAUGCAGCAAUUGUCCUCUGUAUGCAAUUCAGUAGAGAAAUUCUGGUAAUAUUUCCAAAUCUUUUUCUAGCAUUUGGUACUUUGAGUUGUUAGCAGCUUCAAGUAAUGGGGAACAGGAAGAAGGAGAACAUUGUGUUAUUUAUUCAGAUGAAACAUGUAUACGUGUGUUCACAUUUUUUUCUCACAUGAGCUGCAUGCCUUCAACAGUUUCUUAUGGGAGGUUUUGUUUGCCAUGUCUCUCUUACCAGCUGAUACUUCUGUUUAGCGAGUAUGCCCAGGAGUCUUGUAAUUGCUAACUCAAACAUGUUUGGAUGAGAGUGAGAAACAGCAUACUUGACAUUCCUUUUUGCCUUCUGAAUAUCAAUCAUACACCUCUUUUUCCUAACAGUGGAUGCUGGAAAUUUAUUAUUUGUGUAUUUAUCUCAAAGAGCGAGUUGGCAGUAAAUCAGACCAUUCAAAGUUGGGAGUUAACUCUUUGUAAGCAAAAACAUGAUCUCCACAGACUUGGCAGAGUGUCAGGCCUAAUGAGCACUGCACCUCAUUCCUGGUAGGUCUUAUCCCAUGAAUCAGUUGCUGAGACCGAAAGUUCCUGCCUCCCCAGAGUUUUCUAAGUUCUCUCCUUUCCAGGGCUUUCCCCAAACAAUCAGACACUUCACCUGCAUGCAGCCUGUCGCUUCUCUGCCCGUUUCAGCCCCCUUCUGGUUCUGGGAUAUGGCGAGGAGGGGUGCUUGUUGGCAUAGCAGGAGGGGGAGAUACCCAUGAUUCUUCACCAUCCUGACUCAUUUCUGCCUCUUGCCCUCAUUUCUCCUCCCACUCGCUGGCUUUGGCUUCCGCCUCUGAUUCUGGACUUCUCUCUGCCAUAGACUCUCCCAGCUCACUAAGCUGUGUUACAUCUUCAGCUUCCAACACCUCCCUUUCCCAGUCUUCUCCCUCUUCUCCCUCUGACCAGUUGUUGUUGUCAUCCUACCACUGCUCCCCUGGCUCUAAGCCUUCUUCCCUUGGUGGUUUCCCAGCUGGUUCUUCUCACUAUUCCUCUGUGUCCAACCACUCAAUGACAAUUUAUUACUUAAAACAAUUAUAGCCUCCCUUCCAUAAAAGUCCAGGGCAACGUACAGUCAAAAAACAAUAAGCAGUAGUAUGAAAUAACAUUUUAAAAAAGCAACUCUCAGCUGAAGCUAAAAUAUUUACUGUUUUUGAUAGUCUUAUAAGUGGGGGAGGGGGAGAGAAAAAAGAUUGAGAAUUGAAGCAAGGGAGAAGUAGCUCCUUUCCAAGUUGUUUGAGAACUGGUACUAAUAUAGAUGGUUAAACCACUUUCCUUUGGGCAUUUUCCUGCUGAAAAAUUUCUUACCAAGCUGCUUUUACAUUUGCAAGGGAAGAGACUUUACAGGAAGAGAAUGGGCUCAGAUCUGGGCACCACAGUUUAAGAAACAUAUUGACAAGCUAGAAUGUGUGCAGAGGAGGGUGGCCAAGAUGAUAAAGGGUCUGGAAACCAAGCCUUAUGAGGAAUGGUUGAGGGAGUUAGGUAUGUUCAGCUUGUAUAAGAGAAGAAUGAGAUGUGAUAUGAUAGCCAUCCUCAAAUAACUGAAAGGCUGUCACAUGGAAAAUGAAGCAAGCUUGUUUUCUUCUGCUCCAGAGGGUAGGCUCCAAACCAGUGGAUUCAAGUUACAAGGAAGGAGAUUCGAACUGAACAUUAGGAAGAACUUUGGUCAGUGAGAGCUAUUCGACCAUGGAACAGAUUAUCUUGGAAGAUGAUGGACUCUCCAUCAUCAGAAGUUUUUAAACAGAGGUUGGAUGGUCAUCUGCCAGAGAUUCUUUAGUAGUGAUUUUUGCAUUGCAGAGGAUUGGACUAGUUGACCCUUGGGGUUCCUUCCAAGUCUACAAUACUGCCAUUUUUUAAACUUAUGGGGAACAGACAAGCUGCUUUCUUGGUGCAAUUUUAGGACUGCAUUAUGUUUGGGGUGCCUUUUAUAUGUAUCACAGCAGUGAAUUCUUACAUUGAAAUUUUCAAACGUAUGGGGAAUUCAUAUGAUUAUUGCACUAUAUGGAUUCACCCAUGGAUAAGUAUUUUUUUCUCAGUGAUUCUAUUUUGCAGUACAUUAAAUAUUUAGACAAUGGAAUACUUAGAGGUGUGCAUGAGCACACUUAUGGCUGUAGCCUGUGAAACUGUUCUUAAAAGAAAUGGCAAGCAUGCGUAAGGGCUAAGUAGCUGGAGCUGGGAACAGGCUUUGAAUACUACUAGCAUGUUGGGCAUCAGCUACAACUAUUUGUCAUUCAUAUUGCACUUGUCAGAACAGUUAUGACUAAAAAGAGGUAUACAAGAUUGUAAAUAAAAUGUAACUAUCACAGCAAGUUGAACUUAAAAGUUAAUUAACAGCGCCUUUGCAUGACUGUUCCAGUCACACACAAUUAGUAUGCACUUCUUAGGUUUUUUUCCAACAGAAAGUACCUAAUUUACAGGUUCUGGAAAUCUGAUAAUUAGCUCAUUAAUGGCCAUCACACCCCUGUUUUUGCACUGUUUUUCUUUUAUGUUUCAUAUUUGCAGCAGAAUAACUAGCUUUAGUGUAUUAUGCACAACUUUAAUACUUAGAACAUCAGAAAUAAGGUAGUCCAUUGAUGGGAUUCUUAUCAUUUGGAAGUGAAACUGAAGACUAAAAUGUGAUGUGAAAACUUAUUUUGAAGAUAUAUUGGUUACAGCAGUUUCCCCCAACCUGGUGCCCUGAGGUGUUUUGGACUAAAACUCCUGUCUUCCCUGACCAUUGGCAGGCUGGCCGAGACUGGGAGUUUGAGGCCAACAGUAUCUGAAGGACACCAGGUGAGGGAAGGCUGGUUUAAACUGCGAUCUCCUCUAAACUGUGGGGUGAGAGCAUGGGGUGAGAGCAUUCGCAGAGCCUAACCCCUGAAAGCAGUGUUCGAAAUUCAUCAGGCACCAGGCGCAUUCUGUAUGUAGCUUGUCACUAAGUGAAGAUGCCUGGGUGCCAGGAUGGCACCUGAUGUCUCCACCAUCUGGAGGUGCAUGCCUAGGAAUCCUUGGAUCUUGCCUGUUUUCCCAAACCAGCAACAGUAAUUCUAUCUGUAAUAUUUUAUCUACACAAUCAGAACAAAUUUCAGGAACCAAAAAUGCAUAUUGAAAAAUACAACUUUCGAGCCAUCUGGCCCCCAAUGGCAACUAGGCAUUCAAUUUUGGUGGCCAUAACCCUGUUUUAAGGAGUCAUUUGGUGCCUAGCUUGCAUAUCUGAGUUUCUAACACUGCCUGCAAAUGUCCAGUUUAUUAUUCUCAGGCCUCAGGAAUUGAAACUGAUUCCACAGAUCUGCAGGACCUGCCUCAACUGUGGUGUCCAGUUUGAUACAGAUGUCUGCAGCUUUGUUCUCGGUGCUUUUAUAAAUGCAUCCCAGUGCACUUCUGAGUGAUUAGCUGUUUCUCCCCCCUCAGAUUGGGUUUAACCAGCCUGUUCAGCGAGAGCUGUUCUGAGGAUGCAAUAGAGGCAGAUAAAUAGACUUUCCACUCUGCCAACAGCACCACAUGGUAGCUAUGGUUAUAUGCUUUCACAUAUUCUCUGCUGUAUUCACCCAAGACUUGUGCCACCUGUGCUCUAACCAUCCAGCCCAUUUCAUCGCCUGGAAUUCCUCAGAAGAUCAAUAAGCUUUCUGGGUUUCCUGCAGCCGGAGAGGGUACUGGGGAGUGAUCAUGUCUCUCACAAAUGCAUUCAGUGUUGUUGUGUCUGCAUUUCUCCAUCUCCAUCUACGGUCUUGUUGAUCAGUUGUCUUGUUAUGGUCCCUGGGGCUUUGCUAUAAAACCAUAUUGAGCUGCUGCUUCCUCAUGCUCGUUAGAAAGCAGAUAAUUGCUAAUUCUAGUUUUGAAACUUAAACCAGCACGUAACAAGACAGGGUAAAGGUAAAGGGACCCCUGACCGUUAAGUCAAGUCGCGGACGACUCUGGGGUUGCGGCGCUCAUCUCGCUUUAUUGGCUGAGGGAGCCGUUUACCUUCCCGCCGGAGCAGUACCUAUUUAUCUACUUGCACUUUGACGUGCUUUAGAACUGCUAGCUUGGCAGGAGCAGGGACUGAGCAACGGGAGCUCACCUCGUUGCAGGGAUUUGAACCGCCGACCUUCUGAUUGGCAAGCCCUAGGCUCUGUGGUUUAGACUACAGCGCCACCCGUUUCCCCAACAAGACAGGGUACUUUUAUUAAAAAGAAGAGUAGAAUUGGCUCAAGGUCCAAGCCAUGCACAUGGCUAAACCUUCUCUUAUGAACAAGAUACUGAAUGCUCGUAGACAAAUCAGUAGGUUGACAUAUAUAAAGUGGAGUUUUUCCCACCAGAAUUAAAGGGCAGAAGACCUAAAUUCAAUUAUAUAAUCUUACUCUUACAUAUUUUACUAAAAAUAACCAAUAGGUUUGUGCUUGUUACCGGGACUUUUUCUGAUUGAAUGGAAUUUUGUCUGCUUUAUAAAACUUUAUUUUCAUGUUUCUGAGUGUAUGCCAGGCUGGGCAGCCAGGAGUGUUAUCCUGCUCAAAAGACAAACAAAUUUGCUUUGCCGAUAUUCAAGCAUUUAGAGUUUAAGAAAAUUGCCGUUGAGAGCUGGAGUGACAAUGAUUGUGUAAAGAAUCUAUCUUAGAAUGUUACAGGUAUAAUAUUCCUGAUCUUGCCUUGUUGAGGAAGAUAAUGGUGACCCCAUGUGUGAUAUAUUAGAAGAGAAUGUGUUGAACAAAACUACAGCAAAAUAGAAGCAAUAUCUCUCUCAGGUUUUGUUAUGACCUUGCAGGUGUGUGUUUCCAGAAAACAAGAUAGUCAGUGUUGUUGUUUGUAGACAAUACGGGGAAUAGAUCCAUAAUGUGGAGCUUUUUUAGUUAGCUGGGACUUUUGUUGUCCUGUGUAGCAAGUUAUUCUCUUGGCUUUGCUCACCCUGUCCCAUAGCAAGUACAUUAGGUCCUGAAGGAAAUGUCUAUUGUUUGCUGAACACUUGAUCUCUUCUAAGAAUAUUUUGGGCUGUUCUUGAACUUUUGUUUUGUUCUUCAGAUAAUAGAGCUAUUUUUCUAGAACUGCUUCCUUUUCGUGCUAUAAAUGCAAACAUGUUUUCACACAGAUAUCAAGCAAGAGACAUCAAAGUUUAAAAUUAGUUGGCAGUGUGUCCAUUGAUGGAGCAAGCGAGCGUAAAUGAUUUUGUUGACCGCCUCAUUUAUUAAGCAGGCAGUAUUUUUUUCACAGCACAUUUUAUAGAUAAAUGGAAUACACACAAGACAUAUAUGCACAACAAUUUCUGCCCUCUUCUUUUGAAGGGAAAGGUUUGCAUUCAGUGAAGCUUUUGUACACCUGGAGCGACAAAUAUGUAUUGGAGUUGCUGGAAUCAAAGCGUUUGAGCUAAAACCCUCUUCCUUUUGGUUUGUAAUUCAGAAUUCAGUAAAUGUACUAAGUUACAGAACAGUAGCUUGUUGAUGCUGAGGAAUUCUUUGUCUGCUACAAAAUGUCCACUCAAUCUUUGCCACAGCAGUCUUUUCUUUUGACACUUUCGUACACCGGAUGUACAAGAAGUGUCAAAAUUAUGUUUCCUGCCCCAUUCCUGCUUUAGACCCUGAGUAGAUAUUAGCCUUACCCUAUUAUUAAAAGACGCCUGCUUCUUGGGAGAAAAGCAAUGACAAACCUAGACAGCAUCUUAAAAAGUAGAGACAUCACCUUGCCAAUAAAGGCCCGUAUAGUUAAAGCUAUGGUUUCCCCAGUAGUGAUGUAUGGAAGUGAGAGCUGGACCAUAAAAAAGGCUGAUCACUGAAGAAUUUAUGCUUUUGAAUUAUGGUGCUGGAGGAAACUCUUGAGAGUCCCAUGGACUGCAAGAAGAUCAAACCGAUCCAUUCUUAAAGAAAUCAGCCCUGAGUGCUCAGUGGAAGGGAAGGACAGAACCUGAAGCUGAGGCUCCAAUACUGUGGCCACUGCCUCCCACAGUUUGCUCAAACUCAUGUUAGUAGCUUCAAGAACACUGACCAGCCAUCUCGUCCUCUGUCGUCCCCUUCUUCUUGUGCCUUCAAUCUUUCUCAACACCAGGGUCUUUUCCAGGGAGUCUUCUCUUCUCAUGAGGUGGCCAAAUAUAGUUACUAUUAAUUCUGGGUUUGUUAAUGCUGACAUUUUGGGACACACGUGUCCAAAUGCUGUUCAGUUGGAAAAGAGGCUUUCUGUGUCUCCAACAUUUUUAGAAUAACGUUAGCUUGACAGUUCUGCAGAGAUCUUUGUGGAACCUGGGUCUCUUUUUCAUGAGGGACUUUAAAAUUCCUGCCAAGCUUUUCCCUUAUGUAAAGACUAACAAUGGAACACAUUCUCUUCUCCUAGAAACAGCAGUGACUAGCAGCACCCUAUGAAUUCAAACUUUGCUGCUCUUUUUCUCUCCCUUUUCUGUAGUAAAAUGCUAUGAAUAAUUUAGGCAGAUGUUAAUGAUUGUCUUUUCAGUGUGCUAUAAAUUAAUACUGUAAUUGACACUUUUCUGCCUUAGUAAAUGGAAAGAUCUUCCUGCCUUUGAUUGCUCUCUAUGUAUUCUUGCAAAUAAAUUGUUUUGCUGAAAUAGAGAAGAAUUGGCUUAAGCUUGUAGGCUGCAUGGAUUCUGCAUUUUUCAAAAGCUGCAAGAUAGACUACAAAAGUUCAUUGUAACCUGUGGUGGUGCUACGAUGGUCUCCUGCUGACACCAUCAGUACCAUUAUACAAUGCUGACCCACACAGAGACUUUUGAAGGCAGCACCAUAAUUGUAGAACAAUUUGAUGUUUUACAGCCUUCCCUAGAUGUUCAUCAGUGCCCUUUAUAAAAGUCUCCUGGAAGUGAUAUAAGAGUUGGAAUUAUGACCAAAAAAUAGUAUUCAAAGGGGUAUUUUGAGGCAGUCAUCAUUGUUUUUCAAAACGAACUUAUGCAUUUAUGUUAAUUGCAUGAAAUUUUCUUUCGAUUGUAAAUCAGUACAGGAGCACCCUCUGGAUUUGUCACAUGGACACCUCUGUUUAUAUGUAUAUUCUUUCAAAGGCAUUUAAUUACACUUCCUUAGAAUUAUUCUUAAAUUUUAAUUUAGUCUAAGUUAUCUAUAAAUGAUGACUUUCUGAUCCUAAUAGCUUCCUAAUGUUGUUUUGCCAAAUGAAUGAUUGGGGGAGGGUGGAUUUGAGUAGCAGUGGGUGGUGGGGCUAGAACAAAAAGUGGGUAGGGCUACCCUUUGUCACCCUCACAUACAAUCUUUCUUCUCAUCCUAGUGCAUGGGUAGGCAAACUAAGGCCCAGGGUCCGGAUCCGGCCCAAUCACCUUCUAAAUCCGGCCCACGGACAGUCUGGGAAUCGGCAUGUUUUUACACGAGUAGAAUGUGUCCUUUUAUUUAGAAUGCAUCUCCGGGUUAUUUGUGGGGCCUGCCUGGUGUUUUCACAUGAGUAGAAUGUGUGCUUUUAUUUAAAAUGCAUAUCUGGGUUGUUUGUGGGGCAUAGGAAUUCAUUAAUUUAUUUAUUUUUCAAAAUAUAGUCCGGUCUGACACGCAGCGUAAAUUAAUAAUGCAGAGUUUUAAAGAAUAAAAGCUUUACUGAAUUAAAAUAAACUUCUUCAUAAACAACAUGGUUCCAAACAGUUUGACUGAGAUUACAUACUGACUGUUCACAACUGAAACAGACUGACUCUGACUGACAUCUUACAGAGAGUACAAAAGAGAAACUGGCUACUAAGUCACAUGUCAGAGUGACUCAACAGUUAGCAGUUAGGCCUGAAUAACUUUAGUAGGCCCAAAUGAUUGUACAGUCCCAGCCUGCUUUGCUGCUUCUGCUCUCAUGUGUCUUUGUCACAUGACACGGUCCCCCACAAGGUCUGAGGGACAGUUGAAAAAGUUUGCUGACCCCUGCCCUAGUGGGUUACCUUGGAAGGAAGAAAUUGCUGUCUGAGGUUUGAAUUGUAUGCUUGAAUAGGGCUUUCCCUCUUUCUCUUUGCAUUGCUCCAUUCGUUUUAGUAUUCACCCUCCAUCUCCCCUUGCAGACUCCCCCACCUCCCUAAAUUAAGCUGAGGGCCACAGGUUCCCCACCCUUCUUUAUCUCAGUGAAACCUGAUAGUCAGUGUAUGUUGUUUGUAUUAAAUGGAUGUAAAUGUUGAUAGCCAUUCAGUCCCUUAUGUACAUAUUUACUUAUGCUGGAGUCCAGAGGGAGAUAGGCGGCCAAAUGUCCUUACACCCAGUGGGCUAUAGGAGCUUCUGGAGCAGCUUCCAAUAAAUAUAAGAGGCUAGCUACAGCAGUUCAUUUAAUCAAGUAAAAACAAACCACCCAAGGCUGUAAUCCUACCAUACCUGUGACUAAGCUCCAUUUAACUCAUUGGGAUGUACAGUUAUCUUGUCCAUGUCUACUCAGAAGUAUGCCUUUAGUAUGUGUUGGUCAGGUCUAGCCAACAUGGUGCUUUCCAGAUGUUGUUGAACUUCAGCUCUCAGCAGCCCCAGGCAGCAUGACCAAUAAGCAGAGAUGAUGACAGUUGUAGUCCCACAUCAUCUGGAGCACAUCACAUUGACUACCCUUAAUGUUGGCCAUUGAUGCUCUUGGGAACUUAUCUGUUGUUUACACAUUCUUUUUGAAAGUGAGUUGUGUUGAAAGUGGGAUCUUAAAGAAUUUUAUUGGUUUUGAUUGAUUUGCAUCCAACCCUUUCCCCAUGGGUUUUAGAGUAGCAUCUUAGCCUCACGGAGAGCCUGCAAAGUAGAUGUAGACUGAGGAAUGAUGUUAUCUCAAAGCCAGCUGUUAAGAUUCUAAGUUAAAUUGGCUAUUUGAACAUGGGAUAUUACACCCACUUCUAACAUAGUGCGAAAGUGUUUUUUGUAAGUAAAACUGUUUCCAUUUGGGGAAUGUUUUGUAGUGGCGUUAUUUCAUUGCCUGGCUUUAAAAACAAACAAGAAACUGUUAUUUUCUUCUAGAUCAUCUUGCACGGUAAAUAUGAUACAUGCUUCAAAUAAAUAUUCUCCCAGCUUUAACAAUCUAUUGCCUAGGUAAAGGAAGUCUCAUAGCACCUCCCAGGUUUUGCAAACCUUCAAUAAGAAUAAAUAUCCUGUGCCAGACAAGGUGCCAUUAAGGAUUUACAAGGGAAAAUAAUUGAACUUAUUUAUCAAAUUCUGGUUUCAGACAGCAGGCAAUUAGCAGUGUUCUUUCCAUUUAGGAACAUCAUUAUUUGCAAUAGUAUGAAUAGUUUUAGUAGUGGAUGCAUAUAUUUUCAUCUUUUUUUGUUGUUCUCCACUACAGAAUUGAUUAUUGGAACUCAUUUGCAUUAGGAUUCUUUUUUUUAAAACCCUUCAACUUUGACAUUUCUGUGAUUUUCAAGUACGUAGCUGCUAUUUUGUCUCAUAGAAAUAAAGGAAGACUAAAAAAAGUAAAGCAAACACUUAAGACUUGCACAUAUGUAGAAAUCUAUAUCCCUACUCUCCUCUUGUUGCUGAUAAAUGGAUGGAUUCGGGUUAAUUUAUUCAAAGAGACUGCCGACAUAAAACUCAGGUAGGGGUAAUACAACAUUAAUCUUCACAACAGCCCUAUUGAGUAUUAUUCGGUGAGUCUAUCUGAGUGCAGGGUCCUCAAUAAAAGUCCAACAUCCCAUAUACUGGACCACCGCUCUGAUUCAUAGUUAAGAAGCAUAGAAAUAUAUGUGUCUAAAAUUUCACCAUUUGACAUGAAGGGUUUCUACCAUCCAAUAGGCUAGAUGCAAUAUGUUAGUAAAACAAUUUAUCUCUUUUUCUGGCUGACCAAGUAGCAAUAAUCUCCAGCCAAGUAGGUGUGCCUAUACUGUUGCUGGGGUUAAGUUAUAACACUGUGUUUGCAUAAGGCUGCAGAAUGAGGAUUGGUAGCUCAGUUGAUAAAGAGCAUGGUGCUGAUUAAUGCCAAGGUUGCAAGUACAGGACAGCUGCAUAUUCCUGCAUUCCAGGCAUUGGACUACAUGAUUCUUAAGGUCCCUUCCAACUUUACAAUUCUAUGAUUCUCUGAAAUCCAGCGGGUUCCCUUCUAGUUUAAAAACACACAGCUGAGCUAUGGGUACUCAUCUCCAUUUUAAGACUUUGCACUCUCUGCGUGGCUUUAGGCAAGAUAGGGUUGUAUUCAAGUAAGUGGUCUUUCUCCGGGUGUGAGGCUGAGAAAGGGGGGAAGCCUCCCAAGUGGGAGCUAGGAGGAGGAAACUGUAUGUAGAUGGAAGAUUAAGAUUAAAUGAUGAUAGAGACCUAUGUACAUAAAUAUGUAACUUUGUGUUUUAUUAGAAUCAGUACUAUUAUGGUGGUUGUUACUAUUUCGUCCCCCCCCUUCUGUUUUCUUUCCUUUUUUAUAUAUUGAUCUCUAUUAUUUAUUUCUAGAUUAGUUAGUUUCUUAUUGUAUAGUGUGUUGGAAAACCUUAACUAAAAUUGAUCAUAAAGGAACAAAUAAAUAAAAAGUGGCACAUUCUGAUCCUGUAGGUAACAGAUAGCCAUCGUUAUCAUUGAUAUGAAUUUCUCCAGUCCUCUUUAGAGGCCUCCAGGGUAGUGGCCAUCACCACAUCUUGUGUUGUCUAAUUUCAUAGUUUUUUGCGCAAUGCGAAGAAGUCCAUUUUGUCUGUUCUGAAUCUCCCACUUUUUGACAUAAUUGUAUGGCCCCAGGUUCAGUAUAUUGAGGGAGGGGUGGAAAGAGAAGCUUCGUCUAGACUCUACACCCUUGCAAGGUUUUUAUGAAUGUUGAUCAUGUUCCUCUGUAAUUUCCCUUUUGCUGAACUACAAAGUGUUGAAACUGUGGACUUUUCUUGUAGAGAGGAUGCAUCCGUAAAGUUAGUACCUAGUAUUUUUCAAAAUCCCCUUACAUGGUUGCUAACCACAUGAUUUAACAUAUUGUCUAACUUCAGCAUAGGUUCAGGGAAGACAAUAUUCAUCCAAAGCAUGCAGGAGGAGAGGCUUAACCCCUUCCCUACCAUGCUUCUAAUGAAAACCAACCCUUCAUGUGACAGUAUGCAUUCCAGCUCAGCUUCUUUGAAUGCGUUUUUGAUUAAUCCACAAAGGUACAAUUCAGUAUAGUGUUAAAAUAUAGAAGUGGAAUGCAUGCCCCAACCCCCCUGAACCUAUUCUGGGUUUCCCCCCCAGCCCCCCAGAGCAGAUUUUUUUUGGGGGGGGGGAGACUGGGGAAGUCCCAUUGCACGAGCGAACCUCAUUCUACUCAUACAACAACUUAGUUGGAUCCACCCACAGUGUUCUGGAGAGAUUUGAAUCCAUUGGCUUUGCCUUUUAACUUUUUUAUUAGCCCUGUCAUUUUAGAGAAAUUUCCUUUUAUGAAAUCAAAUGUGACAGUGUUGAACUUUUCUGCCAAUCUCUGAAAAUGAAGCCCAGGUUCAUUGUUUUUUAAAAAAACAAACUUCUUUUAUACCCCUUUAUAAGGUAAAAGUAAGGUAACCCCUGACCAUUAGGUCCAGUCGUGACCGACUCUGGGGUUCCAGCGCUCAUCUCGCUUUAUUGGCUGAGGGAGCCGGCGUACAGCUUCCAGGUCAUGUGGCCAGCAUGACUAAGCCGCUUCUGGCGAACCAGAGCAGCGCACGGAAACGCCAUUUACCUUCCCGCUGGAGCGGUACCUAUUUAUCUACUUGCACUUUUUGGUGUGCUUUUGAACUGCUAGGUUGGCAGGAGCAGGGACCGAGCAACGGGAGCUCACCCCGUCGUAGGGAUUCGAACCGCCAAUCCUCUGAUUGACAAGUCCUAGGCUCUGUGGUUUAACCCACAGCGCCACCCACGUCCCGCACCCUUUGUAUUCACUUUUAAAUAGGCCACUCACUUGCUAAAUUGACAGUUGUCACUUCCCAUAGUUUAGGCAACAGUCCUUUUAAAAAACAAAAAACAAAAAACCCAAACAUUUGAGCUAGAAUCCUACUUCUGGAAUAUUUCAUGAAUAAUUCUUUCAGGUACAAUUAUAUUUCCAUGUGAAGUACUUUGUUUUAAGCAAGGAAAUGUUGACCCUGUUUGAACCAGAUUAAUUUCCCUGUGCGGUAACACCACACCUAUAUUCCCAACUGUUGAUAUUGCAGGUGAGAUACCUGUUGCAAGGACCCCCAGGCUGAUAGAUACGCGAGGUGAAGCUGUUCGCACAGACCAACGCUGUGACUCAUAAUGUUUAUAUUAAUUUUUUCUCUGAUUACUGCUUUGAAUUUCGACAUAAUUGUAUGCCAGAGAAAUGUCAGGUUACUCUCCCCCCCAUUUGCUGGCUUUUAUGGCUUGAUAUUUGGGUGAGUUUUUUUAUAUUUAGUACAGUAUAGCAAUCAAAUAAUUAUUCAGUUCAUAUACAGAUACAAAUACAUUAAAUUACUUGUGCUACAUCCUGAUGGUUGCAGGGAAAUGGCAAAUAUUUUUAAAGUAGGUUUUUAUCACAGCAAAAGGAAACUUGCAGUCCUUGGGUAAGGAAAGGGAAUUGCUUUCUAUUUUGAAUUAUUUCUUAUGCAGAGGAUAGCAGGUUAAUGUGAGCUUACUGGUCUUGUCUUAGAAAGUGAGAUGAUGCUUGAUUAGACGGAAACAAUGUACUAACUGUAACAGUGACGGAAAGUUCACCUUGUACUGUACUGACACUCAGAAGAGAGAGGAAUGCUAAGAAAGGCAAAGCUAGAACAAAAUACUUGCAGACAACACAGGGAACACAGUACAGGUGAGAAAAAAAGAAAUAAUAAAGAAAUUGCCUGAGAGAAAGUGCUCACUAGCGUCUCCUCAUCAUCCUGGGGGGAAGGUGACAGGUGGGGUACUGCAGGAUUCUACCCUGGGCUCGCUGUUGUUCAACAUAUUUAUAAACAACUUGGAUGAACGUAUUGAGGAAAUGCUAAUCAAACUUGCAGAUGACCAGUGGAUUCAAGUUACAAGAAAGGAGAUUCCGACUAAACAGGAAGAACUUUGACAGUUGAACAGACUCCUAUGAGAGGUGGUGGUCUCUCCUUCACUGAAGGUUUUUAAGCAGAGGUUGGAUGGCCACCUGUCAGAUUCCUGCAUUUCAGGGGGUUGGACUAGAUGACCCUUGGGACCCCGUCCAACUGUACUAUUCUAUAAUUAUUUGACAGCUGCAAGAAUGGAAGUGUAAACAGAUGUAUACAGAGGUCCCUCCAACAUUUGGGGGGGCAUUGCGUGUGCAUGAUGUCACGCGCCACCCCCCAACCUGGCCAGGCCGACUUGGCCCGCCACCCACCCACUGCCAGCUGCCUUACCUUCAUGAAACGGAUGCACCGGGGUGAAGAUGCUUUGCCAUGCUGCGUACAGUGGUACCUCGGGUUACAGACACUUCAGGUUACAGACUCCACUAACCCAGAAAUAGUACCUCGGGUUAAGAACUUUGCUUCAGGAUGAGAACACGGCGGUGAGGCAGCAGUGGGAGUGGUACCUCAGGUUAAGAACAGUUUCAGGUUAAGAACAGACCUCCAGAACGAAUUAAGUUCUUAACCCGAGGUACCACUGUACAUGAUGGGAAUGGCCAACACUCCUAUUAGGACUGUAGAGAUCAACAUAAGGGAGGAAGACUGGCUUUCUUUGUAUAGGGCCUUAAACUGGGAAGGAGCAGUAGGAAAUGGUAUUACUACUGAUUUUGGAAUAAGGAUGGUGUUACUAUCAGCUAAUUGGAGAUCUUCAGCCAUCUCUAAUUCACAACAAAUAGGCAGAAUGCUGUUGCAUGGUCUAUACAGAUUUUUGUGUUUUAAGUUCCUUAAUUUAUUAGCUGGAAAAGGGAAUGGUAUAUAACACAUGACCCAAGAUACCCUGGAGAAUGCGCCAAACUAAUGAGGGUUAGUAUGAAAGAUUACUGAAAUUACAUAAUGGACUUGGCCUAGAUAGAGAAUCUUCACAAUCAGUACCAAAGCUUGGGUCACAGAUUUUAGGAUUUGGGUAGAUUGAACAUUGAAAUGGGUUAGAUUUAACUCUUUAACAUUUAACUUCAUAAUUUCCUUGGGUUGGCUAGGUUUAUGAUAUAAGAGCUCUCGGUCAAGAAGAUAGAUUAGGCUUCAAGUCCUAACCCCACUUAUCUGUUGAAUUCAGUAGGAUUUUGUUCUAAGUAGACAUGAUUAGAAUUGCAUUGUUAAUGUGACUCAAGAUGGAAAAGGCGAGUGCUUAAUGCCUGCACUACUCAUAGGACACGUGGUAUUAGAUGCCACUGCUCCAAAAUAUGGAAGCUAGUAGUGUGUUCCCAGAGGAACACAUGUGUAGUUGCAGUCUUUUAUUUAAAUCCAUGAAAUGCGGACUUUUCCCAUUAUAUUUCCCAAUAAUUCAUAUUGUAUCUUUCUGUGGAACAUGGUGUGGAUUUGUAAUGGUGGCAAGGACAGCAGUUUCUCUAUGUACCGCUGAAUCAAAUGACUGUUGGGGGCCCCAUGCUGUUGAGAUAAUACCAUUGGCUUACUAUUUGUUUCCUGUUAAUUGGGCUUGUCACAUUAGCAUAAAGUACUGAUUGCUUUGGAUGCUAGGAGGAUAGGUAUGCACAUUAAAAUGGUUCUCCUGUGACUCAGGCAGGGAUAUAACAAUCCUUCAUGCUGCACAGAAAGGUCAACAUUUCCUUUCUUGCCUGAGUCAGCCACCAGAUCGGAAAAAUGUGGAAAAUCCUUCCUGAUCCCUAACAUAGCAAUCAAUUAUGCUCUGAGACCAAAAAUAACAUUACCCAUAAUAUCAGUAUCCGUUGCCGUUUCCUAGUGCACAUACUGCGCAGCUUUUGAUGACGGAGGGAACUAGUUCAUUUUAGAAGUUAUCAACAUACUUUCCAAGUCAUUAUUCACAGUAAGAAAUAACAGUAAAAUUAUGGCUAUAAAACACACUGACGAUGCUUCAUUUGAGGGCAAAAUCCAAAGUUACACUGGAUUUCAUCUGUGUCGUAGGCAUCAUAAGUAAAAUUUCUAAGUUAUUCCUAGUUAAAGAGUAACUAAAUCUGGUACUUAAGCGCAAUGGCGUAGUCAGGAUUUAAUGGGGGGGGGCAGGCUUUAUGUUUUGGUGGGCAGAACCGAGUUAUCUGUGAUGCAAUUGGCCAGUUAAGCAUUUUUAUUUAUUUACUUGAAUGGGGGGCAGCUACCCCCUCUUCCCUAUGCCCAUGCUUUCAGCAUCAGAAAAACCUGGCAAAGAAAACUGCUGGCCAUAAAGAAAAAUAAUACUUUAGCCUGUUAAUGUAUGUAAUUAAUAUGGUUGGUUACAGUGCACAAGCCAUGGGAGAAAUAAUAGUUUGAGAAUAUUUGAGCAAUAUCAUGCCUGAAUCUAGGACCCCUUCAGGAGGUUUUUUGUUUGUUUGUUUUUUUACAAAGAUAAGCUGCCUGCAGGGAAGAAUGCACACACCUUUGAGUGUUAUUUCACGUGUAUAGUUUGGGAAGCCAAGCUGCAGCAAAAGUAUUGUGUGCAUGGGAUAGUUAAUGAUGAUAACCCCCUUUUGUGUAUCCAGUGUUCAAGAAUGAGAAACUAAGCAAUGGGGAAUGCAUUCACUCUGAAAGCUAUAAUUAUCUGAAAUAUUAAAAAAGAACUAUAGGCUUACUCAUUCUCUCUCUCUCUCUUUCUAGAAAGCGACGUUUGAAGCUAAGAAGAAGAUUAAUCUCAGAUGGAAAAUUGCAUUAUGAUGGUAAAUUCCCACUAUUCUGUUGAGUUUGUUCAAUUUAGAAAAUAGAAUGCACUUAUCUGAAACUAUGUCAAUGGUUAUUCUGGGGCAGUCUGUGUAAUGAGUGGUUUGUUAAGGUGCUUUUCACCUAUGUGGUUAAUGGUUUUUUUAAAAAAUUUGCAUAGCCUUUGGGAAAAAAGUGAUUAAAAAUUACACAUUUGUUUGCUGCAUUUAUACCUUCCUUUGAAGACGCUCAAGGUAGCAUCAGUAGUAUUCUCUGCCCCCCCAUCUUGUUAGGCAGAUUAGGCUGAAAAAUAGUGACUGGCCCAAGACCCCCUAGUGAGUUGCCUGGCUGAAGGGGGAUUUGUGGUUUUGUCAGCCCCUCUAUUAUGCUUAUUCACAACUUGUUUUUCAUUUAUUUUUUUUGCUUGGUAUUGUUAAGUUGCUUAGCUAUUAUUAUGCAAGUGUACGUUUUCUACCCCUGUAAAGCUUUUCACUGAUCAGUCAGUUAAUUAAAUUAAAUUAAAAAUAUUUUGAUUACUAAAAAGCUGCCCGUGAAUUAAUUGGGCAACACAUAAAUAUGCAAAUAGUUUUAAAAGACUAAGAAACAACAACUGCAGACAAUCCCUUUGUGGUUAUAGUUGGAGCACAUAAAAGCGUAAUUUCAGAAGACCAAAAAACUGACAACAUGUAUAACAACUGAGCAAAAUGGGAAUUUUGGAUCUUAAUGAAAGCCCAUUGCUGAAAGAGGUUUCAUUAAGAAUGAGCACCCUGCUCUCUCCAGUGUUGUUGCCCACAUGAUGUAACAGAUUAUAUAGCUGCUCUUUCAUAUACUAAGUCAAAUUUAGGUGUAUUAACUUUAAAGGAGUCAAAGUGUGGAUGUUUCAGUGUGACCCCCACCUCUUAUUUUAAUGUUCCUACCCUCUAGAUCAGAGUAAUCAAUGUGAUGCCUUUCUGGCCUCGGUGGCCUACAAUUCCCAUCAUCCCUAUGCAUUGCUGGGACCGCUGGCAGAGGAAUGGGGGGGCGGGGGGAGAGCAUCGCCCCUGGCACCAUGGGAGAGGGGGGUUCCAUCAUGGCCACCCCCGAACGCGCCGCGCACCCCCUGCCAUGCCAGGCAGUGCGCCACGCUCCUGGGACUUAUACCAUGCCCCCGCAGGUGAUGUGUCACGCCCCCGGGACGUGCACCAGCCACGCCACCGCCUGCUCUCCGCCCCAGCUGCCGGAGCAUGCAGCUUCGCCACUGGCUGGGACUGGUGGGUGUUGAUUUCCAACAGCACCAGGAGAUCGCCAUGCUUGUAACUUUGCUUAUUAACGUUUUGAAUCAAUCACUUUACACAAAUAAAAUGUCAUUUGUUCCGCUAGGAGGUUCGUGUGUUUUUCUAUGUGCUCCCCACGCAGACUUGCACUGUACACAGAUUGGAUUUGGAAGGGCCAAGACUCCCAUGUGUUCCCAUCCCAUGCUGCGAGGCAGAGCUAUUCAUGCAGUCCCCCCACCCUUUACUUAAAUGCUGAUUUUCUUACAACACGUUUUAAUUAAGGGUUUGAGAAAUAAGUAAUUUGCGUUUCGCUUGGAGGAAUAUUCCUGUUCUGAAUAUUUUAACACAUCUAAGAAAAAUACUCGAGGCAAUAUUGGGAGGGAAAAAAGUAGGGUAAGAGAAGAGGAAAUAGUUUUAGACCAGAUGCAGCAGAAACCACCUUGCUUGGUUUCCCCCCGGUUUGUAAUGGUGCAUUUGGGAUUGUAUUGCAGUUUGUCUGCCACAGGGUUUCUUCAGUAGUUCAUUCUAUGAUGACUGUGAGAGCACUGUAGGAUGUUCAUGCAAAAAAAAUAAAAACACUUUCUUGCCUAGCCUUAUGAGAAUAAAUAUAAGGAUAUUAUUUUUUUGAGAUCUGCUUUUAAAAAUACUAUAAUAAAACAUCAAGUACAGCUUCCAAGAUCAGCUGUCAGAUAAUAGUACAAGUAGAAGAGAAUUACACAUCUAUGGACCCUACAAAAUGUAUAGCCGAAAAUUAAUAGAAAAACCGAAUAAAAAAUAACACCUCACCCACCCCAAAUUCAGUUGGUGUACUUAAUUCAGAAAUGAUGAAUGUUGAUCCUGCUAGCUCCAGCCAGAGGUUUAGAGCAGGUUAGAAAAAGAGUUUGUCACUGAUAUGGAAUAAUUUGUCCUAGUUAUUCUCCUGUGUCUGUAGAAUAAAGACAAUGUAUCCUUAGGUACAUAAUAAAAAAGAUUAUGAUGAAUAAGUGAUGCAUUCUGGUUCUGAUAAAUAGACAAGUCUCCUUGUGCAGUCAGGGAUAUAAUACUUGCUGCGAAAGAAAAAUAUUGAGUGUUAACAUAAAUGUAACAAUGGUUCUUUUUUUAGUGUAGGAAUAUGCUAGUUGGGUGCAAUGAACCAAAUAUUUGAAAAACUGUCACUUCUUCAUAGAGCCGAGCAUACCAUAUGAAAUUAUUUGAAGGAUUAGACCUCCAUGUACCUAGGUUUGUAAGACAGCCUAUGUCAGAAAGGGUAACUGCAGUGUACAUUAAUUUCUGCUUGUACCAGACAGCACUCCACAAUGGGUAGUGUCUUUUCUCAUUCAGUAGGAGCUUACUUCUUCCCAAGAUCUAUUGGUUGAUGAAGAUUUCCAUUCCUUCUUGAGUCCAGCCACCACUGGAUCAGAGAGGAAGCGGGUAGCCGUAACAUGACUGAUGCUCGCUAGGAGGCUAGGAUAGCAGCCUUAGCCUCCCCAGCCCUUAUCUGUUGCAGCCUGCCAGUGGAAACAGAAAGUUUGGCUAGCUAGACCUGCCAGUAAAGAGCAUGAAUUUUGCCACAACCGUAGCUGGCUUCCAGUGGGAAAGCCUCUGUUGGUGGUGGGUUAGUGCCGGCAGGCCGGCGCUAAUGGGAUGGUCUGGAAGGAUGAAACACCGAAAGGGUUUUCCCUUUUUUGUGGCAUAAUGAGAGUGAGGGCACUCUUCCUGGGCGAUUGGUUGUAGAUGGGCUUGCUUCUAGGUGAGAGGUUGUGGCAGCUGAGGCAUGGGGUGGGAGGGAUAUGGGUUAACUUGGUUUCUGGGAGAAAGUUAUGCAGGGGAGCUGUAUCUGUAGUGAGAGCAUGAAUGCAGCUUACAAACUCAUACCCAGUGCGGCUGGCAGGUAUUUUGUGCUGUUGCUGUCGUACAUUGUUUUGAUUUACUGUAUGUGUUGUAUUUUUACUGCAUAUUUAUUCUGUAUUAAUAUAUUCACUGUUUGGGGGGUCGUUGGGUCAAAAAGCAGCAUAGAAAUAAACCAUAACAUAACCUAUUUUAGCAACUAUUAAUCAGGCCUUGCUACCUGAAGGAUUGGAGCUUUCCCUCCAUGUUUUUGAUUUUUUCUUUUGCCAUGCUUACUGAGGAAUUGAUCAUUCUCUAAGAGAAAGGGAGGUUUGCCUCCCACACUCCUGCCUGUGCAGUUUCUAUUACGAUAGGUUCCUGACCCCACCCUCUCAUACCACCCUCCUAUUUUAAAUGGUGCAUUGUGCCUUUUUGGGACUCUUUGCAAAUUUCACCAUUGUAGAAUUCCACUAGUGAGUUAAACAGUGGUGAAGUCGGUAUGAUGGUAAUUGUUCAUACUCGGCAUACAGUUUUACCUCGGAAGUCGAACGGAAUCCAUUCCGGGAGUCCUCCGACUUCCAAAACGUUCAGAAACCAAGGCACGGCUUCCGAUUGGCUACAGGAAACUCCUUCAGCCAAUUGGAAGUCGUGGAAGCCCCGUCGGAUGUUUGGGUUCCAAAGAACGUUAGCAAACUGGAACACACACUUCCGGGUUUGCGGCAUUUGGGAGCCAAAACGUUCAACUUGCAAGGUGUUCAGGAUCCAAGGUACAACUGUAUUAUUGCUUGCUGCUAUUCUCUUGAUAGUAUCGCAUAUAAUUUCCCAGUGAACAUUGCAGUCUCGUUCAGAGUAACAUCCAGUUCUUGACUUGUUAUAUAUUACAGUUCAUAAAGUGCCCUUUCAGGUUCUUUUGAAAUCCUGGCAGUUCAAGAGUUGCAAAGAGGACAUGACAGCAGUAAGUUGCAAAGACAGUGUAAUCACAAAGUAAAUAAAAACUCCAUUGCAUGCUGUUUCGAACCUAAUAAAUGGGCCAAUGUAAUGAAACCUGUUUCUGGACAUGUGCUGUAUUAAAAGUGUAGCAAUACUGACAGAGGGUAGAAUUUAUUCUGUUGAAAGCAGAGUAAUUUUAACUGGACAGGGUUUAGUAUUUGUGAUGUAGAUGCAUUUUCACUAUGAGUUUUCCACUGAACUGGUAAUAGUGUUGCAAUUUGGUUACUUAAGCCUUUGAAAAAAUAAUUGGAUUUCUCCCGUCAAACCACAUCAUGUAAACUAGCCUAUGCUAUCUAUCUCAUUCCUGGUAAGCACAGACUUACUGGAUUAUUGAACUGCUUGGAAUAGCAAGUCAUUCCAGGAAAGUCAUGCUAAACAAAAUGAGCUCUUCUUUCCACAAAAAAAGAGCCCAAGCUCUUGUUGCUCCUGGAAAGUUGAUAAGUACUACUGGUUUAUUAACAAAUUUAUCUUGCACAUCAGUACUUCAGAGCAAUGCCUCAGAUUAUAGGACUUCUAGUGACACCUAUGAUAAACAGCUCUGAGUACAUCAGGUUCUUUCUCUUUCACAGCUGGCAGUGAGAAAGUCCAGCAUGUGCUCUGGAUUGUGGCCAGUGUUUAGAAAUUUGGACUCUUUCAUAAGCUCACAUCUUCUCUCACCUUUCCAUUGGUGAAGAUGGAACUGGUUAUUGACCUUUAUGAUUUGGUGUUAGCAACAGUAGUGAAAUUAUGGAAAUUGACUUUGGGUCUGAUCCAGUGGAAGUUAAUCACAAUGAAGUUCUUUUGAAACCCAUCAGCCAAGUUAAUUUCAGAUCAAAGGCCUCUAGUCUAUCUCAGUAAUAAUUCAAAGUGCUUGCAGUAAGCAAUGAAGUUCUAAAUGGCUUGGGACCUGGGUUUCCGAGGGACGCCUUCAAGCUCGUGAACCUCAUGUUUGGCUUUGGGCAUACUGAGCCUGAGCAAUACCCAAUCCUGAUCCUCAUUAGUAAUUUUUAUUUAUAAAAACACUCUGGAUUACACUUGCUUAGUACAUACCAUGUUCUGACUCAGUUUUGUAAUAUUUUUUGGGGGUAUUCUGCUCAACAUAGUGAAAAAGAGGGCAAACUGUGUCUUGAUGCCUAUUAUUGUUUUUCAGCUCCCUGGCAAGGAAGUUAUCAGAUGCUCAGAUUCUGAGUCUUCCUUGGGACGUGGUGGACUUUCCUUCCAUGGAGGUUUUUAAGCCACCUGUCAUGGAUGUUUCAGUCGAGAUUCCUGCAUGGCAGGGGGCUGGACUAGAUGACCAUUGGGUCCCACAGGCAACACUGAAUUUGAUUUAGUUCUUCACUUCAGCAUUGUCUAAAGCUUGUAAGAUCUGCGGCUCACACCAAUUGUUUUGAUCCUAUGCUGUUAACAUUUAUUUACUUUUGAUUCCUAUUGUUUGGAGUACUCCUGGAGCUGAAAAAUGUUCUGAGAACCCAAAGAACUAGCAGUGUGUUCUGCAAUACAACAAAGUUGGCAAACCACUGCCCCGUAACUCGUGAUAUAUAUAUGUUUGCUUUCUUUAACUGCCACUAUCCAUAGUGUGAUCAUCUCUUCACCCUUGUUGAAAACCACAUUUUUCAGUUCCAGGAGUACUCAAAUCAACAAAGCUCUCAAUUCCUGGUGUAGCUACAGGUCUACCAAUUGCUAAUAGGAGAGGAACAGCCUUCAAUUUGUCAUCCCUUCUGGAAGAAGUAGAUAUUGUGAAUUUUAUUAAUUUGAUACUCUUUUUCACAGUUUUGCUAAGCUGUCUGUGAGCAUGCUGUUAGAAGGGCAGGAUGUACUUUUAAUAAAUAAAUAAUGUGGCUAAGCCUGCAGUUAAGUUGUUGGUUAACAGAAAGAUUUGAUGGCACCUGGACUACCAAGUUUCAAGGAAAUCACUGGAGAUUGCUGGCAAAGUUCUCCCAGGUCAAGUACUUUGAGAAUAACUUUGAUGGCUCCUAAAAAAGCCUACCUGAAGGUGGAGGUGAGCCUUACAAGUUCUCUGAUUCAUUUCAGUCUCAGAUUAAAUUCCCUGCCCACCUUUCUCUCUCCCCCUCCCCACCCUGGAGAUAUAUAGGGAAGGAAGAUCUAUCCCCUUCCUCCAUUUCCAGCACACUGGCACAAAUGCCCUUGAUAUUUAUGGACUAUGACACCCAAAGUACCUUUCUCCUUAGUAUACAGUAUAGCAAAACACUAGAGUGAUGAAGAGGUGCUCCCGUUUCUACACACCAGUAACCAGUUGGAAGGUGGGGUGUUUGGAGGGGCCAGCAGGAAAGUUGUUUUAGAAGAUGCAAGAUCUGUUGUGCAUGGAGGAACACAUUUUCUAAGCCUUGAGUUGUCUUGGAAAAUGAUCACAACUCUUUCUGGAGGUUUUUUCAUGUGUUUUUUAAGAACUUGGAUAAUUGCCAAGGACAGCAGAGGAAAACACAUCUAUCUCUUGGGAUUUAUUGUACUUGAUUAACAUGCAUCUUAACAAACCUUUCUCAAAAUGAGCAUAUUUAAUAUCUUCUGUGGAGACCUGCUCAGUGUUUUUGAUGCAACUUUAGAAGGUGUAUUUGUAAAAGCACACUGCUUCAUCAUAAGGUUUUGGGUAAGGCAAUAAAGGUGGCAUUUGUCUGCCACUAUGGCAACGGAUACUGACAUGGAAAUGACUGACUUGAAAGUAUUAUGUUAUGAUUCAUUUCGGGGAAGAACUGAAACUGUUGCUGUUGAAUAUUGCAAAUUAUUCAUGGCUGUACAAUGCAACUGUUUUUGUUUUGGAGCUGUUGCCACAGCAAAGCAUUUGGGGAAACACCCUUUUGGCUUAAGAAGGCUGAGGCAGGCUGCAUGUAGGAAAGUGACUGCAAUACAGCCCCGUGUGCAUUUUUUUUUUGGUCAGACCCUUCCAAGAACACCAUCAGCUGUGUGUUUAUUUAAAGUUUCUAGUCCUUACUGUUAAAGAUGGCAGAAAUGCUGAAAAGAGUGAAGAGGUGUUUUUUGUUUUUUUUUAAAGAGAGACCCAACUGUGGUUACUGUGCAUGUAAUCAGUCAAACACUUUUCAGAGUUUUUACAAUUCUAGAUCAGACUAUUGUAAAGUACGCACAUGCAUCCCCCACCCACUAAAACUUGGCAUUUGUCCUUUGUUAAACAAUAUAUAAAAUAAUACGCAGGUUAGCUGCAGUCCUGCAGGUUUUACACACACACACACACACACACACACACACACAAUUUAAUGUUUGGACUGAGUGCUCCUAUACCUCACCCCUUCUAGUUUGUAUUAAGCCGCCAUUCCCUAUUGUAUCCAAACCAGGGAACCCUGGCUUAAUGUCUGUAUGUCUAUCUUGGCUUAUUUUCCUGGUUUGUUAACAGCAUGAGGAUGGGGAGUAUAAGAAAAACUCUAUGCAUAUAACAUACAUGGUAUACCCUCUGCAGUUAUUGGUAGCCUAUCAUGCAAGAAGAUCACUGAUCUGAUCUUGUUCCAAACCACUGAAGACAGCUGAAUUCGAAAGGCCCCACAUUCUCUUAGGUGACUUGCAGAAAUCCUUAUUCUGCAUCUUUAGAAACCAAUAAAAGUAACAACCCGAUUCAUAGUGUGCAAUUGUUGAGAAAUGUGCUGCUGAGAAUAGGCAUCUCAAAAUCAGAAUGGGUAACCAUUUUUUAUUAUAUAUAGCCAGCUGAUUCAAGGAUCUUUAUCCCAGAGAGGUGGGAUAAAGCAGAGAGAACAGUGACUUGCCCUAGACAUUCCAUAAAUAUUGCAGCUGAGUAAAGCUCUUUAACCUGGGUUUUCCCACACCGAAAUCUAGCACUCUGACCACCACUCCACACUUGUGUAGCAAUGUGUGCGCCUGUUCCUGCUGUUUUUAGUUUGAAACAGCAUCUGUUUCUGUUCCUGGAAGCUGGUCAAAUUCUUCCAGCAUAGCUACAUUCUUCUCAAAAUGUAUAAGGUUGGUCUUGUUGCAUUCUGGAGCCCUGUAUCUCAGUGGAUCAAAGAAUGUACUUGUUUGGCUUGCAAACAGGGACAGGACAAUCAAGCAAGGAAUUUUCACCUCAGACCUUGUGCUGGCUGCCUACAAGUGCUUUGUCUGGCUCUUGCUAGAUAUAUGCGUGUGCAGAUAUAUGUUAAUGAGAUGUUGUAGUUUCAGUAAAGUACAGUGGUACCUCAGGUUAAGAACUUAAUUCGUUCUGGAGGUCCGUUCUUAGCCUGAAAUUGUUCUUAACCUGAGGUACCACUUUAGUUAAUGGGGCCUCCUGCUGCCGCUGCACGAUUUCUGUUCUCAUCCUGAAGCAAAGUUCUUAACCCGAGGUACUAUUUCUGGGUUAGUGGCGUCUGUAACCUGAAGCGUCUGUAACCCGAGGUACCACUGUAUUUUGUUUUCUGAUGAGUUAAAUGAAUUUUCUUUAUCUGCACUGCAAUUACAGUUGUAUUUUACCUAUGUUAAGUAGCUGGAAUUGUUUGUGAACAUUGACUUUCAAGUGUCUCUAUGUGAUGAAGCUUGAUCUUCAUUCACUCGCUGAAAAGUGAUUGGGGUAGUUGAAAUUUGGCACAGAUACUGUUUUAACUCCCCUUUGCCUCCUAUCAUCACAGCAACUGGCACAGAGGCACAGGAAUGCUGCGAUGUGAGUUCCAAAUAAGUAUUGGAUUGGGGAAGAGGACAUUUGUAGUGCUGCCCAGGAAUAAAAAUGAGACCAAAAAAUAUACAUUGGACUUUUAUCCAGUCCUCAAGAUUGUGUGCAGGUGGGGUAUAUGAGGAGAAUUCCAGCAGCAACCAAACACAUGUUUGCAAAAAUAAAUUUGUAUUUCCUGGUAUUAUAGAAUGUAUGUAAGAAAAAUAUAUAUGAAACAAUGUCAUUGAGUGAGAAAUUAGUGAAAAAGUUCUUCUUGCUUGGUAGGAGACAAAUGA